UAUAAUAUAUUUUCAUUGGAGUAAAGAUGACAUCUUUAUUAUAGAUUUUGUUAAGAACAGCAUCUAAACAAAUUCUGUUUUUUUUCAGUCAAAUUGACGAAAAAUGGUGUAGUAAAACGUGUAAUGUAAAUACUUGGAGUUUGAUAAAAUGAGCUUUGAAGAACAGUGUGUUGAGAAUAACAUGACUAACACGGAGGACAUAAACGAUGAAUCAAAGAUUAACACCUUGCUGGAAUAUUCUGAAGGAACAAAAAAGUCUUACUCCGUUGGCCACUCGUUGGAUUUCUCUCCAGAUGGAUCUGUCUUUGAAUCAGAAGAUUGUGAUGUAUCUAUUUUUGAAAACUAUGAAAGCGGAGUAGAAAGUGUCGAUGGCGAUUGGAGUCAGUCGUGUAUCAAUACACCACCUUCAGAAUAUGACUUCGACUUAACUGAAGAACAAGCAUUAGAGACCCUUAAAUACUUCACUUUGUCGUUGUCUCGUGCCAAUCAAAUGACGAAGACCACUCAAGAUCUCGAGGCAGUACUGCAACUAUUACAAGAGAAAGAAAAAGAUCUAGAAUUAGCAGCCCACAUUGGCCAGUCUUUAUUGGAGAGAAACAAGAAUUUGUACAAGAAAACAGAAGCCCUUGAAAACUACGUAAAUGAAGUCGAAGAAAGGGAAACUCAGCUUAAACAUUUGGUAACAAUGAAGGAUAAAUUAUUGAAGACAAUUACCGAUGAAGAUCUCGACGAUGAAAAUAACUAUUCCACAGCCGACACAAGUUCUUGCCGAGACGAAUCAAUGCAGAGUUUGCAAGAUAAAUGUAAUAAGUUGGAAGAAAACAACGCUGGCUUGAUACUCGAGGCUUUGAAAAUUCGCCAGGAAACAGACCAGGAAGAGGCAAAAGAAAAAGAAUUGGUUUACGAAUGUAUCAAGGAAUUAGCUGAAGCCAAAGAUCAAAUCAGUCAUCUGACCGACGAGAUUUCCUUAAAAGCGCAAGAUAACGUUGCUCAGCAGGAGGAAAUUUCAAAGUUGAUCGAAAUAGUUUUGGAACUUCAGAAUCGUCAUAAUAUGCUGACGCAGGAAAAUGAAGGUUUACACGAGACAUUGAAAAGCUCGCAAGAAAAUCAAAGUGAUCUUAAAGAUGAAGUGACAACUUUACACGAGAAAUAUCAGGAAUGUUUGGAAAUGUUGAAAGAAAACAAACGUGAAAUGAAAGUUAUGAAAGACAGAUUAGGAUCACCCCAAAAAAAUAUUGAAAUGGAAGUUGCUGGAAUCUCGUCACUAGAUUCUCGGGGUUCGCUUGCUCAAGAAAUUGAAGAAUCUGUGAGGAGAGACAUGGAGACUUUUCAUGAGAAAAAUAAGAAAACCGAACGUGUAAUGCAGACGGUACGAAUGGCGAAUUCAACACGGUUUCCCAAGGUAAUCAAAGGAGGGAGCAGACCAACCAAAACAACUAGUGACAAAUCAUCGCAACUAGCUAAGGCGCCGGAGACGACACCAUUCGACUUCAGUUUUGCAACGAAACCUCGCGAUGAGGAGGGAAAGUCUCCACCGAGUAUGGAUGAUCUUCGUAAUGCUGUGAGAAGAUUAAGUGUGAAAGAUACUAAUCCUAAAGUAAAUCCUCAAGAAAGAAGGAGAAGACCGUGGGGACCCGAGAAGCUACAGAUUGUUAAACCAUUAGAAGGGUCUGCCACUUUGCAUAAAUGGCAGUCUUUAGCCAAUCCUACAAUGAGUGGUCUCAAUAGUGUUGUACCUGGUGUACACGUUAAAGGUGAAGUGGCUACGAAAAACCCGAAGGCAAAGAACGAAACAAAUCCAGCCAGCAGCUCGAGUGAGCUGGAAACGAAUUUAAAUGAUAAGAAACACGUGACUAACGAGAACGCAAAACAUGAGAAUGAAUUGCAUGUUAGCUCACAAGAUGAGACGACAAAUCUUACCGUUGAUUCUACAACAGAUCAGAAAGCAAGUGUGCCGAACAUAACUCCAGACACAGAUACAACGGUGAAUGUCCCCAACCUCAAUCAAAAUAUUGAAACAUCCAGUAACAGUGGAACGUCAAAUCUUGCUGAAAUCGUAAAGUCAAAAAUUUCAUCACAGAGUAUGUUGCCACCAUCUAUAGAAACAAAUUCGAUGCUUAACUCACUGAUUCGCAGCACAAUCGCAAUAAGUUCAGAAUACUCUACGUCGGCCCCCAUCACCACUACGGCAAAAUCAUCUUUUGUUACCGUAACAACGACAACAACAUCAACUUCUAUGUCGAGCGUUAGUUUUCCUCGACCUCUUCAUUUAAGAAGUGAAAGUAGCGAGAAUUUGUUGAGCAUGAUUGCACCGUUCAAUCAACAGAAUUCUUCUUCAACGAGUAACGAAAGUCCAGGUUCAGUGCCUUUUCGUCGGCAGUCAGGUGCUCUUGGGCUUAGUAAUAUAGUUGGGGGAUUGGUUAGGAGUUCCAGUAGCGAGAAUUUGUCAGCCUCUUCAGAAGGUCUUGAUUUUUCACGAAGUUCCGGUGGAAAUGGUAAGCUUAGCGACUUUCUAAAGAACUCGGACAUUGCGCAAAAUUUAGGGAAAACGUCCAGUAUGGACUUGUUAACGUCGUCAGGGGUUGGCAGGCAAGAUAAAAAAGCAUCUUUUCACCUUGGAGAUUCAUCGCCUUCCGCAGCCCAGCUGGAAAUGAUGGGCGACUUGGGAGGAUUUGCUUUAAUGAGCGGUGGAGGAAAUCCAAGUCCACCAAAUGAAGUCGCUGCGCCACCAGCUAUGUCUGUGUUCAAUGCAUUCUCUAGUAUUGGUGGUUUCUUUCGAAGGCAGCGUAGUAAAAGUAUGGAUAAUCUAGGUCCUUUACCACCCAGUGUCACGGCAAUAAAACCCAAUAACUCUGGACGAAGAGCUACAAUAGAACGUAGUUUGGAGCGAUUUGAUCAGGCAUUUGGACCUGAUUGAUUGUAAUACUUAUUGAUAGGUCAAUUUUUCUUGUGGCAAAGUUAAUUGGCGGCAUGGAUGUUCAUAGUCUACAUGUCGCAUUUUAUGGCAGCAAUUAUGAAAAUAUUCUGCUUUCAACCAUUUUCAUGUGUGGUAGAGUUUCGCAUCAAUAUUCUUAAAACCUUGAUGUACUAAGUGGCGUAUGAAUAUAUAAAUUGUAUAAAUGUUUAUAGUGAUGUAUAACUGAAUAUUCUUUAAAAAGUUAACAAGAUAUUUAAUAUUAUAUUAUAUAGCCAAGGAAUAUUUACAGUCAGAGAAUUACGUUGAACUCUACGGAUACAGCAAGGAGAUGUGCUUCUAAGAGGAACAUUAUUCUCUUGAGUUUCAAGCAUUGGCUAAUUCGAUGUUGUAGUAGGUGACUGUGAGUCGAUAAACUAACUGAAAUUGUAAUUUUAUUGUUGCAAAAAAUUUUAUAUAUCUCA